AUCCAGUCCAAUACAAAAAAUAAAAAUAAAAGGUAAGAAAGAAAAUGAUUUAAGAAAAGACCAUGUUUUACUCUGUGAGUCCCAAAGCCGAUCCUUCUCAUUUUCCUUCUCUUGACCCUUUUGACUCUGCUGUCUCUGUCUCUGUCUCUCUCACAAACAACCAAAACCCGCAAAACGCAAAACAGAAAAAAGUAAUUAAAGAUUAAAGGCAAAAGCCCUAUUGCAAGUACAAAUUUUGUAGAAAAGCUGAAGAGAUUUUGAAUCUUCUCGAGAAUCUUCUUCUUAGAGCUAGCUGUAUCAGCGUCAACCAUGGCCAUGGCGGCGGCCUGCUGUUUGUUGACCCUAACCCUAACCGUGAGCUUCGUUCCCUUGGUCUAUGGAAACUCUGAAGGAGACGCUCUGUACACGCUCAGGCGGAGCUUAUCGGAUCCCGAUAACGUGCUUCAGAGCUGGGAUCCCACCCUUGUCAACCCCUGCACUUGGUUUCACAUCACCUGCAACCAGGACAAUCGCGUUACCCGAGUGGACCUGGGUAAUUCAAACCUCUCUGGACAUUUGGUACCUGAACUAGGAAAGCUCGAGCAUCUUCAAUAUCUGGAGCUUUACAAAAAUAACAUUCAAGGAACUAUUCCAGCUGACCUUGGUAACUUGAAGAGCCUCGUUAGCUUGGACUUAUAUAACAACAACAUAUCAGGGACCAUUCCUUCUUCAUUGGGGAAAUUGAAAUCACUUGUGUUUUUACGUCUCAAUGAUAACAAGUUAACUGGACCAAUCCCGCGGGAUCUUGUUGGUAUUUCAAGCCUCAAAGUUGUGGAUGUAUCCAACAAUGAUUUAUGUGGAACAAUUCCUACCAGUGGACCAUUUGAGCACAUCCCUUUAAACAACUUUGAGAAUAACCAUCGACUCGAAGGUCCAGAGUUGUUGGGGCUUGCAACUUAUGACACAAACUGCUCGUGAUGAAGAACGAAGACGGAAUCUUGACUCUGCUUUGAAUUAGAUAUGUACGUCCAAAAAGUAUAUCGUCGCAUUUUAAUGGGAUUGGUUACAAACUCAAUCCCCCAUAUAAGCAAGCAUAUAUGUAAAUUUUAUGACAGUAAAUGGCAUCGGCACUUGUAACUGUAUCGUUGUGCUCUUGGUAAUAUGUCGAAGACCUUAUUUGCAUUGAUGUAGUACAAACCAAAGUUCUAGUUAUAGUGAAUUAAUUUGACUCGCUUGCUCACAGUAAA